AUGUCAGGGAAGAGUCUGGAAAAAUUUGGAUUAAUUCAUUUGAGUCAAGAACUUCCUUUUGCUAUAUUAGAAGAUAAAUGGGCUAUUUUAGAGUCCACAUUCACCAAAAGCAGGUUUCACAAUAAGAAAGCUUUUAUUGUUUUUGAUGAUGUGACAUGUUUAGAGCAAAUAGAAAAGUUAAUUGGAUAUCUUGAAUGUUUAGGUCCUGGAAGUCAAGUCAUUAUUACAGUAAGAGAUAAACAAGUGCUUAACACUUAUGGAGUAAGUCAUGCUAACAUAUAUGAGGUUGAGGGUUUACCAUUUAAUGAAACUCUUAUACUUUUUAGUCGUCAUGCAUUUAAACUGGAUCAUCCCCUUGCAGGUUACAUGGAGCUAUCAAUAAAGGUAAUAAAUUUUGUUCUAGGUGCUCCAUUAGCUCUUAAAGUUUUGGGUUCUUUGCUAUUUGAGAAGCCAAAUUCAAGAUGGGAAAGUACAUUGUUUAACCUAGAAAAAAAUCCAAAUUCAAAGAUCCAAGAUGUGUUGAAAAUAAGUUACGAUGGACUUGAAGAUCAAGAGAAAAAUAUAUUUCUAGAUAUUGCAUGCUUUUUCAAAAUAGUUGACAUAAAUCUUGCACCAGAGCUCCUUGAUGAUGACGGUUUUGAUUCCAAAAUAGGACAACUCAACUUUGGUAAUUGUUUUAAACUGGAUAAUGCUCGAAAUAUACUCAAAGCCGCGGAGGAAAAGUUACAGAGAAGAAUUCCAGAGUAG